UCCUACCAAUGAAAACAGACGGCAGGGCCAGUCCUUUUCCAAGAUGUCGGUGUACGGGCCGGUGGUGAAAAUUCACCCUGUCGUUCUCGCCUCCAUUGGCGACUCGUACGAGCGGAGAAAUGAGGGAGCGAGUCGAGUGAUCGGGACCCUGCUGGGUACCAUUGACAAACACUCUGUUGAGGUUACCAACUGCUUCUCUGUGCCCCACAAUGAGUCAGAGGAUGAGGUUGCCGUGGACAUGGAGUUUGCCAAGAACAUGUAUGAGCUCCACAAGCGGGUGUCACCCAGUGAGGUCAUCAUUGGAUGGUACGCCACGGGCUUUGACAUCACAGAGCACUCGGUGCUGAUCCACGAGUACUACAGCCGCGAGGCCACCAACCCCAUCCACCUGACUGUGGACACGGCCCUGCAGAGUGGCAAGAUGAACAUCCGCGCCUACGUCAGUGCACAGAUGGGUGUUCCAGGAAAGACAGUUGGUGUGAUGUUCACCCCCCUGAGUGUCAGAUAUGUCUACUAUGACACUGAGAGGAUAGGCGUGGAUCUUCUCCAGAGGACGCGUGUCACUCCCAGUCGCACCAAGGGCCUGACCUCUGACCUGUCCCAGGUGGCCAGCUCUGCAUCCAGGGUACAGGACAUGCUGGCCACUGUACUCUCAUACAUUGAGGACGUACUGUCUGGCAAGGUGACAGCAGACAACAGCGUGGGCCGUUUCCUGAUGGACCUGGUCAACAAGGUGCCCACCAUCUCAGCCGAGGACUUCGAGACCAUGCUCAAUUCCAACAUCAACGAUCUGCUGAUGGUCACCUACCUAUCCAACCUCACCCAAGCUCAGAUUGCCCUGAACGAGAAGCUGGUGCUGCUCUGAGUGAUGGACACAUAGAAUUUCUUUGGAGUGGUUCAUAUUUAAUUUUGUACACUUUUUCUUUGGCUGAGAUGAAUAAAAAAAAAAAGAUGUUUAACAGUCA